UUCUUUCACAACUUGGUAACACUUCGGCUUUGUAAACACGUGCGGCUUGUUGCAAUGGGAAAAGUCCGAAAAAUAAAAACAAGGACGCCCUCCGGCGUGGACACGUCGGCAGAUCUUGAGGAUGCGCUGGACUUAGAGGGGGCGGAGGGCUACGGCCCCAUCGAGGCGAUCUGCGUUCACCUGCAGCGUCCGGAAGUGGAGGACAAACUGAACGGUCUGCACUCAUUCGCUGUGCUGGCGCUGCGAAAGGAGAAGGUGCGCGAGAUAUGCGGUAGCGAGCUGGUCCGGAUUGGCCCCCUGCUGUGCGACAGGGAGAGCUCUAUCCGGAAUGCGGCGGCAGGUGCCUUUCGUAACUUAUCGGUGUUCGGAUCGGAAGUGUGCGACUUCCUUGUGGAAAACGACAUUUUGACCGCUUUGCUGACGCUGAUCCGAAACUAUGAUCUGACCAGGAAUGGCUUCGAGAACGAACUGCAUGCGGACACCUUCCUGCAGGCGACUCAUCUGCUGCGAAACUUGUGCGAAAGCUCUCCAACAGCCACAGAAGCCUUUAACCAGGCAAACUUGCUUCCCAGCCUGCUAUUAGGCUUUGACUAUAGAAAAUUCGGCCUAGAAGUUGCCAUUUCGGUGGCCCAACUUGUGCUAGUGGUAUCUGAGAACAACUCCAGCUCGUGGAAUGUUCUGGCCAGCAGUAACGUAUUACCGGAGCUUCUUGGGGUUCAAGCAGAGAGUCACGCUCAAUUAUACCUUAAUGCACUGGCCGCUGGAAUCUUGUGCAACGUGCCCGCCUGCUCGGCCGCCCACACCGGGGAGAUCCUGACCAGCCUCGACAAACUGCUCUCCAUCGAUCCACAGGCCGAACUAUUAAACUGCAAGAGCGAGAUUCAGAAUGCCAAGUCAAAAAACGAGGCUCCGGCUUUGGAAAUCUCCAUGGACACGGAGGAGGUGACAGAAUCGCAGAGCGCCAUUCAGUCCAAGCCGAAUCAGUGUGACGCAGAUGUAGCGCUUAAGAACUUGGAGCAUCUGCUAGACGCCCAGCGACUGGUGGCGGAGAUCAUCACGAACCUGGGCUCCAGCGACGACCAAAGCAACUGGGACACAGAUAGCGAAAAUUCGGAUAGUGAGAGCGUGGCCGACUACGACAUGGAUGACGAUGCAGCGGACAGUGGAGCAGAUGGAUUGCCCGCCAAUUUCUUGGAAACAAUCAAACAAAACAAAGUGGUCGAGAAGCUGUGGCAGAAAGCUCAACCCUUGGAUCCUGCAUUGGAGAAACUUCUGGCGCACCAAGAGAAUAUUACGGAAAAAGUGCUGAAAAUGCGGGUGUCCUACUUGAUUUGUCUACAGAACCUAUGCAACGAACUGUCUGCCGAAGAUUUGGGGGGCUACAGCAACAUCUACAGUAUGUGGAUGAACUUGGGCCAGCAGGCCUUCAAGGGAGUUGAAGACGCCUCCGUAUUGGAAGCCAUCACUUCGCUGAUGCGCUCCUCGCUGAGUUUGCUGAAAUCGCGAAAGGAUCUCUUUGGUCAAAUGACAGAGAAUGACCUUAACAUGAUUAUCGAGGGCGCUAGCAAGUGCACAGACCUAAAUAUCCGGGUCAACUGGAACCGCAUGCUGGGCACUCUGGGCUCCCUGCUCUCAGAGCCACUGGUUAAAGUUACAGUAAUGUUCCUGUUGUCUUCGUGCGCCCAAGAGGAAGAUCUGUGGGCCCUGUCUGAAGGACUUGAUGCGCUAAUGGACAUCUUCGCCGUGGAGGACUGGCCGCAGAUUAUUGCUGAGCUCGAGAUGUGCGAUCGCGUCCAAGCCCUUGAGGAGCUGUUCAAGUCUAAGCUGCGCCAGCAACGACGUGACCUUAAGGAGCGAAGAGCCACAAUUAUGACAGUAAAAACGAACUUUGCACGAUUUGUCUCGUAUCUGAAUAAGAACUGUAAACAAUAAAUGUAACCGGACCACAAUUUUAUAA